GGCACCUUUAGUGACCUGGCGUCCAGCAUCAUGGAUGACGAGUUUGACGGCGGAUACUGCAGUUUCAGUGACAAUGCCUCUGUGAAUUCCAGCGGAUCGAUCUCUCCAAAUUCCUCCGCGGUUGAACUUUUGCAACAAAAGCUUCUCUGUGACGUUGAUGUGAAAACCGAGUGUUCGAAGUUCGAAGAAGUGUGCUCCAAUUUGGACAAGAUAAGCAAAACGUGUGACGAAACGACGAAAUCGGUUACCUAUGUUGUGAAGUCGAUGCCCAAACCAGCUAAAUACCAGUGUAAUGUAUGUGGGAAAAUCUACAAAGGAAACACAAAUCUCAACUACCAUAUGGCGACACACACCGGAGUACGUCCUCACAAUUGUUCCGUCUGCGGGAAAGCCUUUACCCAGAAGUCCACACUGCGUACUCACUUCCGGAUCCACACUGGCGAAAAACCGUACAAAUGCAGGACUUGUGUGCGCGCAUUCGCCGACUACUCCACGUGUAUGAAGCAUGAGCGUACCCACAGCGGUGAGAAGCCUUACGCAUGCCCAGUGUGCGGGAAGUGUUUUGCCCAGUCCGGAAAUAUGCUCCGUCACCGCCAGACACACAAGAAAAACUGA